AUGCACGCUGAAGAGACUGACGGUGUUUUAACAACUAUAAAAAGCAAAUACGAAUUCAAAUCAAAGGUUCUUGAAUACUCAACACACUUCUGCUUAGAUAAGUUUGUAGUCAUGCACAAAGAUAGAUUAAUGGGCGAGAUUCCAUAUGAAAGCAUCCUUAAAAUCGAAAAGAGAAAGAAGGGACUGAAGUUUGAGAUAUCAGGCGGAUCAUGUCUAAGGAUUCCUUGUGAAAGCGAAAAAAAAAACAAAAUAUUUCAGAUGUUCAAAAACAAACGAUCAGGAGCCAUAUUAAACAGAAAUGACAUUGUUGGUGUUGCAUUUGUACAAUUUGCAGAUCUUAAGUUCCUAGUUCCUCUCGAAGGCUCGUCCUUCAAUAACUUCAAAAGGAGCGUUAUUAGAAGAAUUGGAGGUCAUUUCCUGCCUUCUCAGAGCCUAGACUUUGUAAGUCUAGAGCAUUACAAUGAAUUUGUACUUUAUAUCAUAUACAACGAUGCAUACGUAAUGCUUGAAAGCGAUGAUGAUUUUGUUUGUGCAUUAAUGUACUUCGAUAACAAGCUGAAUGUUAUUGUUAAGCAUGCCUCUAACCAGGCAUAA